UAAUAUUUCUUUUGUUUGCCAAGAGUGGUUGAGAAUUGAUUACAAUUUUUUGUGGAGCUUCUUUGCAUACUUCAAAAUUGUUUAUAUUGGUUCACUGUCAAGAUUAGGUAGAUGCGUUAGCAAUUAUCUUUAACUGAUUACAAAGCUAUCAAGGUGUUAAAGAUUUAUGCAAAAAAUAGAUGUUGUGAUCAAGCACACCCUCACUGUAUAACUACCUACAUGAAUGCUGCUGAACGACAGUUAGUUAAGACGAACUCCACUUCAAACGCUUUUCUCAGCGCUGCCUAAAACCAUAACAGUUCCACACUUAUUUGCCGCCUACUUCAGACAUCAAAUCGAAAAUGGCACCAGCCAGCUCCGAACUGCGCUUGCCAAAGCCAUCCGACUUUGAGGGCAGCGUGCAUCACACCUCCGCGCACGACGAUUACACCUCAGCGCAAGCACAACUGAAUCAAAUUUAUGCUGGCGCAAUUUCGGGCGCUUUAACACGUACAAUCACGCAGCCAUUCGACGUCUUGAAGAUACGCUUCCAGCUGCAGGUCGAACCGCUCUCCAAGCACAAGCAAGGCAAGUACACCUCACUGUGGCAGGCCAGCAAAUUGAUCUAUCACGAGGAGGGUUUGCGUGGUCUCUUCAAAGGACACAAUGCUGGGCAAUUUAUGAGCGUAGUGUACAGUGUCGGACAAUUUUGGUCGUACGAACAGAUACGCGCCAUAAUGCGUGACUCACCCUUCAUGUCGACGCACAUGAACACGAUGAACUUUUUAGCUGGCGGUUUUGCCGGUUGCGUGGCGACCAUUUUCUCCAUUCCCUUCGAUGUGAUACGCACACGCAUCGUGGCACAAGAUCCCGGACAGGGCUAUCGCAGCAUGUUCCACGCUGUGCCGAUGAUUUGGCGCACCGAAGGCAUACGCGGCUACUUUCGCGGCCUACAGCCGACGCUGGUGCAGAUUGUGCCAUUGGUCGGUUUCAACUUUAUGUUCUAUAAGAAGUUCAAUGAAAUGCUGGUGCGUACACCGUUGGCGCGCAACGAAUUGCUGCCCACCUGGGUGUUGCUAUGCACCGGCGGUGCGGCUGGUGUCGCCUCCAAGGCGGUCGUCUAUCCGCUAGACUUCGUUAAGAAGCGCUUGCAGGUGCAGGGCUUCGAACAGCAUCGCACGAAAUUCGGACGCACGCAACGCUGUAGAGGCGUUUUCCAUUGCAUCGAAUUGACGAUGAAAGAUGAGGGUGUACGCGGCUUCUACAAGGGCAUGUAUCCGACGCUGAUCAAAUCCGGUCUCAUGACCGCCUUCUACUUCACCAUCUAUGACAGGUGCAAAUUAAUACUCUACCAUUACUAUCACCUCGGUGAGGGACGCACUCCACCGGCCCAAUCGUAAGGUACGCAUGCAGGCUUUGUAGGAGGAAAAAAGGCGUAAAAAGUGAACAUUUUUAACUCGUGGAUUGUAUCGGCUCGACUGAGGUGUGCAUUUCUGGGCUUUGUCUGGGCGCACCUUUACUUAUAUUUACCUCAUUAUAUACUCUAAGAGCGUAGCAUAUAGAUUGUGAUAGCGUUUAAGAGACAAAAAUAUCACUGCUUAUAGUAAAUACUACUUACUCGCUUACUUAUUUGCAUACUAAAAUACUUAUACUAGAGUUCUAGAGAUAUCGUUUUGAAAACACUCGAAAGCACUAAAUUGAAUUGUGUAGACAUACAUUAAGCAUUAAGCUAAAACUAACUAUUUACCCCUUAUCUCUUUCUCACUCUCUCUUUCUCUUUCUAUAUUCCUAAUAUUACUUGUACUACUCGCAUUAUGUAGUUUGAUUUCGCGGACAAAAAGAUGCCCACCAAUAUGUCGUUUAGCACAUAUUUGUAAGCUGAAAAUUACUUUGCUUGAACUGUAUUUAACGCAAACGCAGUUGUUGUAAUUUAUGCCCAAUGCUUUUCCAUUUAAACACGCUUAACAAUAGGAUCUGCUAAAUGAUCAUCAAAGAUCUUGAGUAAGAAGUGGAAGAAUUCAAUGUGCUUACAACGCAUUUCCCUACAUUCGCAUGCGAGUUCAUCCUCACAUUGCUCAGCUUAAGCUUCGAUAGUUAAUUAUAAUAAUAUAUUUUUUUAAUUCGUAUAUUAUUUUAUUUAUUAAAGGAGACAAGUAAUUAAGCGAAUUAUAUUUAAGACGAUUUAAUCUGUCUAAGAUUUCACAAUAAAUGCUUGCUGACUGUUUGGUAA